AUGGAUGACAGGGGUAAUGAACCUUUGGGUCGCUUCCUCGACGUCCUCGGUCAAUUGGGUCACCUUCUAAGACAGCUCCUCCGAACCCCUGGUAGCCCCGCCGGUCUCGCCUUGCAAACGCUCUUCCUCUCCAGAUACCCUCGCCAGCCGCCUCUGGACAUCAGAGACACUCUCGAGUCACCCGCUUGGCGGAAGCAGGCCGUCGACUUUAUAAAUCAGAAUCUCGGUCUCGCCUUCCCCAUUCCCCUGGUUAUGAUGAGCGACAAGGAGCGGCUCAGUGGAGCAACUGCAGGUCGAGUCGUUGGAACUUUCUCUGUCGCUUUCCGGCAGCCUUGGCGAAGUGACAGGACAAGACACCUGGGCCAGCCAGAGGAUCACGGCCCCAUCCCUCUACACCAACUUGGGGCCAGUACAGCUGGGCAGAGCCAAGGAAGCCAGCUCGACAAAGAUAGCACGCGACUCGACCUCGCCCGAGGUCGUGGCCUCGUCCUCGUCGACAAUGGAGCCGUGAGCCCGGCGGCUAGCGCUCGGCCGACAUCACCAAAUGAAUCAACCACGCCGGACGCCGAGGGACGGACACAUCUUUGGUACAGCGUUAUGCUGAGCGGGCUCUGCCUACUUGUCAUCGGGGUUCCUGUGUCCGUAGCCACAAAGGACGACCGCGUUCUGGACGUCUGCGCUCUCUGGCUAACGUGGAUGGUGGCGGUCAAGAUGCAAUACACGAUCAAAACUCUUCGGGCGCCAAAGCUACCGCCAGCCAUAGGGUCGGCGCUAGCUACCCUUAUCAACCCUGUUCUGGUGUCGGCAGGCAUCAUGAUGUUAUAUACCCACGCGAAAGCCGGAGCCCAAAGGCGUUCCCUCGACGAAGUUCUCACCAUCUUCAGCAGCAGCACAACGCUAUCACAGGUCUGGUCCGCGGCCUUGCGUGGGGGAGAUUCCAACAGCGAUUCGGACAAUUGGUUCGGCGCGGGGGACGCUGCUAUAUCCCUCCUCGAAUGCGGAAUUAUUGUAUGGGGUUUCAAGCUCUACGAAUGUCGCGGACAACUCUGCAGUCGCAGGGGUCUGGCCGUCGUUCUCAUCUCCACCCUCUUGGCGGGCUUAAAUGCCAUCGUUUCGCUCCUGCUUGCUCGGGCAAUCGGGCUUGCUUCGCCCGUGGCUUUGGCAUUCGCUUCUCGGAGCUCAACCUUGGCGUUAGCUCGGCCCUCGACAGCUGCAUUAGGAGGCAGCAUUGCCGUCAACGCCGGGCUCGUGGUAGGCAACGGUAUUGUAGGGCAGCUCGUAUCUCCCUACAUACUCAGUGCAUUCCGGGUUCCAGAUGAAAGAACGGAUAUGGAAGACAACGACGGCCCUGGUGACCACAAUGUCGAUGGCAAUGCAGAUAAGAUAGUUAGCAGGCAGAGGGGCCACCAGGAUUCCGCGAUUGACGUAGCUGUGGGCACGACGAUCGGCAUCAACGGCGCGGCGAUGGGUGUCUCGUAUUUGUACGAGCGUCAGAGUCGAGUAGCUCCGUAUGCUGCACUUUCUAUGACGGCGUUCGGUGUUGCAACAACGAUGUUAGCGGUAUUAGGACCAUCCAAGGGCCUGCUCAAGACACUUGCGACGGGCGAUGUUUGA